GGCUCGCAGGCCGUCCGGGAACACGCCCGCCUUCCCUCCUCUCCAGGAUGAAAGGAACCAGUGAGCACCAGGAUAAGGACAAAAACAAAACAAACCAAAACAAUCCAAAUUUCCCCCAAACGCCCGCCCCGCGAUCCCUGUGUGUUGGGCGCCCCGCGGGCGUGCACUUUGUCACCUGGAGUGGAGCAGGGCAGAGCUGGCGGGACGGGACGGGGUGCUAGGCUCGGCGCCACACCCCUAGGAGCUCCCACCCCAGGCAGACCUGCCGGUUCUCCCUGAGAAUCUCAGCAGAAACUUUCCCCGCUGUCCCCCGCGCCACCGCGAGUUGCUCAGCCGACCGCCGGCCGCGAGGGCGGCCGUCCUUUGCCCUGGAGACGCCCUUCGGGAAGCGUGCAGCCCUGCCCUCGGGGACCUCGGUCCAGCACGGACCAGGCGGAGGAUCCCUACAGUACAGCCUGGCUUUCCUGGGCCGUCUGUGCUUCCUGGAGUUCCAUGGAAAAUGGAAGGCCUCCCGAUCCUGCAGACUGGGCUGUGAUGGACGUCGUCAAUUAUUUCCGAACAGCAGGAUUUGAGGAGCAAGCCAGUGCUUUUCAGGAACAGGAAAUUGAUGGAAAAUCCCUGCUCUUGAUGACGAGAAAUGACGUGCUGACAGGGCUGCAGUUGAAACUGGGGCCUGCUCUGAAAAUCUAUGAGUAUCAUGUAAAACCUCUUCAGACCAAGCAUUUAAAGAACAGCUCUUCCUAGUAAAGUGAAAUCGAGGUCUCAGUCCUCAGAACAGGAUUCACAGUGAUGUAAUUUAGUUUCGUGUUGUGAGACUUCACAAACAGAAUACAGACAUGUGUAUACGUAAAGAA